GAAGGAGGCUGUAACCGACGGGCUGAAGCGAGCGCUGAGAUUCUCCGAAAAGAUAUCCUUAUGUGAAGCCUACCGUUGAAGUGAAAGAUUCUGUUCCUAAGAAAACAGUAGAAGUCAAGGACAAACAAACAUCCAACUCAGAUUUGCCAGCAGAAUGAAUUAGAAAUGACAUCAGAGGAAGAGCAAAAAAGACUUGAUGAAAGUGAAAAUAACCACCUACAGGAUAAAGGUAUUUCACAAACAUGUAUCCUGGCAGAAAAGACACGUGAAAAUCAAACCCAGCAAAUUAACGUUCCAGUUUUGCAUCUGCAAAAAAAGUCUCGAGAACCAGAAAUGAAUAAGAAAUGUGAUAGAAAGGAUAAUAUAUCUGUAUAUUCAGAACAUCCUUCUGUGCAAAAGCGUGAGGAAAUCUCGAUCAAACAAGGCAAAUUAGUGUGGAAAAAUAAUCUAAAACACAUCACCAGUGAGUUAAAGCGGACGUUUGGUGAAACUUGUGAAAAACACAAAAUUGCUCCUUAUCCUAAGGAAGAGUCACCACAUGGUAACUUUAAAGAAGGAGCAAACUUAAUGGAAAUACCUUCUAACUUGACAAAUGAUAGACUUGAUUGUGAGAAAAAGGAUAUAUUUGCAGUGCCUGUCCCUCUAGUAGUUCAGGCAUUUCCUGAACAAAAAAAUUCUAGUCUCAAAUAUGCUUGCCAGGCAUCUUCUGAUUUUUCUUUAAGUGAAAAUAAAUCAGACUGUGAAAAUGAUAACAAACCAGACACUGAGCAUGUUUUUAACAAAAACAAGAGUUUUAAAAGUGAUACAGAAACUAAAAAAGUAAGGAACCUACUCGCUACGUUUGAAGUGAAAGAAGACCAAGGGUUUGACGUGCAAAUGGCAAAAAGUAUGAACCAAAAUAGCACUAAUUCUAAAUUAGACAUUGGACGUAUACCUCAGUCUAGUGAUUCAGAAAGCCGUUUCGACAAAAGGUUUUCCCGCUCCAAUGAGGUGAGACAAAUGGCUCAAAUAAAAAGGCACCAUAGUUCUGCCGUUACAAACAUUUACAAGAAAACAAAAGUCUUGUUCCAGAAGCCAUUCUGUGCAGUUAAUAACAGUACUAAUAACUAUAGAAGUAUGGAACCCGAAUUAGAAAAUGUGAGUUCUUCUCCACCAUGUAGUUACAGAACAUCAGAAGUAUGUCUAAAAGAAGAAUUACAGCAAGAUGUUCAAAAGUUUAAGAACGAGAUAGGCAUGUUACAGAUAGACAUCCGGGAUUUGGAAAAAAAGAAAGUUCAACUUCAAAAAGAGAUUAAUGAAGAAAAGAAGAGACACCAAAGUAAUGAGACGGCAGUAUUAGAAAACACAUAUGCUGUCGCUGCUGCUGCUGCUGGACUCAUUCAACAAAGAGAGAGUGGAAAAACUGAAAACCACCUCUUUCCUGUUGGGAAAAAGGAAGAUUCUGAUGGACUUAGUAUUUCAGAUGAUUUGAAGAUUGGCUUUUUCUGCACAGACCAUGCUACUCAAACAGAUUACAGUGAAAUUCUGCCACUAAAAGAGUUGAGUUCAUCUACAGAAAAGCUAAUACGGAUUAUUAGAUCUCUUCAAGUGGAUUUUGGGUUCCUCAAACAAUUUCUUCAGUUGAAAUUUGAGGACAGUCUUAAAGAAGAGUCUUUCAAUCUCUUCACUGCUCUACAUGACAGGAUCCUAACAAUCGAAAAACAUUAUCAAGAGAAUGAGGACAUCAUAAGAAAAUGCUACAAUCAGCAGUUGGCUGAUGCCAUAGCUGUUAUCAAAGGAAUGUAUAAGCAAUUCUUUGAGGUGGAAGAAGAGACUUUUGUGCAAGAAUCAACUACUAUCAAAAUGAGUGUUUUGUUAAAAAAACUGAAGGAUAGAGAAGAAGUUAUUAAGGAAUUAAGAGAAGAACUAGACCAAUACAAAGAGUCUAGACUUCAAAAAUGUGACACUUUUGCCAGAGAGACGAUGCUAGAGAGGGAAAAUUUGGAGUACAAAGUGGCAAACAAGAGACUGCUUCAGAUCAUUUCAGAACUCGAAGAAGCAAUCCGACUCAAUCUAAAGGAAAAUUCAGUAUUAGGAGAUGAAAUUGUAAGUCUGAAAGAGAAGGCAGAAAAGAAUCAUAAAACUAUUCAAAAGCUAAUUGAUGGUAGAGACAGAUUACUAUGUGAGCUCGAUUAUGAAAAAUCAUUAGUUCAAGAAAUGAUUAAUAAACAGAAGGAGGACAUGGAAACAAGGAAAAAGUUGGACAGCCUAGGUGGCAAGAGCCUGAAACUAGUCAAGGUGAAAGAGACUGCUGUGUCCCCGUGGCCCUUACAGCCCAGGAUUCCAUCCAGACCUAGAGCAAAUUCAAGACCACACUCACCCUCCAUCAGUGUCUCAACUGUGAAGACCAGGAAAGUUAAGACUCCAAAGAAAUCUGCAAAGGAAGAGCAGCCUGUGGUGAGGCAUGCAAAACCAGCUGUGGUACACGAAGAAAGGGUGAAAUUGUCAGUGGCUAAGAUUGAAGACAGAUACAUUUUGGAGGAGCAAAUACAAGUACUAAAGGCUAAUUUAGAAAAAGAGAAAAAGAAGACAGAAAGGUACUGGUAAUAAUGAAG